CGACCAAAAAGGACGAGGAGGCGUCCUAGCCGUUUUGAUGAUUUCGUUUGAUGUUUUGGUUGAUUUAUUAUUGUAAAUUAGAUUUUCUUAGGAGAGCGUGAUAUAAGCUCCUUCAAGAGUUUUCUUUUCGGUUCUUUCCCUUGACGCCUUUAUUGAACCGACAGUGGAGUAACAAUGGUGCUUCCAUCUUUGACCUCAAUCACAACCAAUCACCAUGAGUGCCGAUGCCGGCAAGAACUCCGAGACUCCUUUGCCGCUAACCACGAUUAUGCAAGCCAUUCAAAACCUUGGCCUGGAGCUUAAUAACACGAAUAAACGCUUGGAUGCGUUGGCGAACCGAAUCGUCGGGGACGAUGCAGGAGUAUCUGGCCAGAAAACCCCGUCCCAUGAAAGCCGGUGGCAGCCUCCGCCGUCGCGCACAACGGGUCGUAAUGACUCGUCUGACCGGCAGCCGCGUUUGCGCAUCGACCCUCCACGUUUCAACGGAGAGGAUCCGGUGGGCUGGAUAUUUCGCAUUCAGCAAUAUUUUGAUUAUUUCUCGACGGCAGAGUCCGAACGCCUUCAGUUGGUUGGCGGCCUCAAACAACCGCUUCAACGGGAGCUUAAUCUCCGUAAUCCGGGAACAUUGGCCGAGGCAUUUGCAUUAGCACGUGAACUAGCGGCAUGCACGACGGUCAUGGGUCCAACCAAACGGGUAUGGCAGUCGGGCACUGGGGGUGUUUCAUCUCAGCCGCCAGUAGCUUCCUUAGAGGGCAGUAGCACCAAAUCAACCUCCUCCUUGCCUAUUAUCCGCCUUACACCAGCCGAACGGGCGGAACGUACUCGCAAGGGGUUAUGUUGGAAUUGCGAGGAGAAAUACGUACCCGGACACCGUUGUGCGCACAAGUUUUUGGCUCUACUGGGCACGGAUGAUGAGCAGCCGCUGGAUGAUUCUGCUCCAGCUGACCCGGAGGACGGCACCCUCAUUACGGGCGAUAUUUCGAGUAUUCACACAAUGUCAGGCGUUCCAAAUCCUCGCUCUCUUCGCCUUGCGGGUUCCAUUAACGGGUCUGCCAUUCAGGUUCUCAUCGAUGGGGGAAGUACCCAUAAUUUCAUCCAUCCUACCCAUGCUGAACGUUUAUGUUUGGUCUUGCAUCCCGUCACACCGUUCUGGGUGUAUGUAGGGAACGGUGAUUCCUUACGGUGUUCCUAUUAUUGUCCAAAAAGUCCACUGGUUUUACAGGGCCACACAUUUGAUGUUGAUCUAUAUUUGCUGCCGGUCCAUGGUCCCGAUGUGGUGCUUGGGGUACAGUGGCUACAAGGGUUGGGCAAAGUUUCUCAUGAUUAUUCGGCAAUGACAAUGGAAUUUAACUGGAAUAAUACUCUAGUGGUGUUGAAGGGUGAUGUAACUCCACCCAAGUCCCUGUCCUUCUCGGCCUUUCAAUCGCUAACCGCUUCGGAUGCGACGUUUGAACUCUAUGAGUUAUUUGCUAUGCAAGGGACGGAACCAGACCUUACCUUUUCCGAGGCAGACCUGCCUGAUGUUCCACCAGUGAUCCGCCAAGUCCUCCUCCAAUACGCCGGGGUGUUCCAGCUUCCUUCGGGCUUGCCACCGUCUCGUAUAUGGGACCAUCGUAUUUACCUUCAGCCGGGGACGAAGCCUAUUAAUGUUCGGCCUUAUCGUUACCCCUACUUUCAGAAAGGGGAAAUUGAACGUCAGCCGGUAGCCAACAUCCUGGAUGUGAUUCGUAGUGAGAAUCAUAGCAUGGCAGACCUUCGUGUGCUUCAUGAGGCCGCGGCACGUGGGACACUGGCAUUCCCCUACUCGGUUCACGAUGGUCUCCUGUAUUACAAGCAUCGGAUUUGCAUCAGUUCCACGUCUGAUUUGCGUUUGCAGUUGCUAACCGAAUACCAUGCUUCCCUAGCCGCUGGGCAUACUGGCCUAGGGACCUCCCCGUUUCGUGCGUUGUAUGGCCGUCACCCGCCUCCGCUAAUUCCUACACGGCCCAUUUCUAGUCGGUGUCCCUCCGUGGAGGCCAUGUUGACAGAGCGGGCAGAGUUACUGGGAGAGCUGCGUGACCACCUGCGGAAAACACAGCAGCGUAUGCAGGAGCGGGCGAAUCAACAUCGAAGGGACGUGUCCUUUGCCGUGGGGGACUGGGUUCUGUUGAAACUUCAACCGUACCGCCAGCACUCGGUCGCCAAACCCCUCUCGGUAAAGCUAUCGCAGCGGUAUUAUGGACCAUUUCAGACUUCUCCCACGUCGUCUGGCCCCCUCCCACGUGAUUUUGUGAAGGGCCGACCAGUGGUAAUGCCUACGGCGGCAGUGGGUACACGUACCGUUUUAGUGCAUGGCAUUCCCCAAGAGCAGUGGUUAGUGACCUGGGCGGAUGGCGGUUUGGAGGACGCGACUUGGGAACCGGUGGAGACCAUCACGAAGGCUUUCCCCGAUCUUCAACUUGAGGGCAAGUUGGUUCUCGAUCCGGGGGAGAAUGUUACAGAUGCUACGCAGACACCAACUCGGGGCACACGACCAAAAAGGACGAGGAGGCGUCCUAGCCGUUUUGAUGAUUUCGUUUGAUGUUUUGGUUGAUUUAUUAUUGUAAAUUAGAUUUUCUUAGGAGAGCGUGAUAUAAGCUCCUUCAAGGGUUUUCUUUUCGGUUCUUUCCCUUGACGCCUUUAUUGAACCGACAGGUUAGAUACUUGAGUUGUGUUAGGGUUAGCAUACCUCUUUAUUAUAAAUAGGAGGAUAAUUGAGUAUUGAAUAAUGAGAAAUGAAUUAA